GGUAGAACGUCGAAUAUUAAACGUCGACGUUUCAUUCACAUUUAAUGUUUACGAAAAUUCCUACCAAACUGGAAACAGAAAAGUGUCUCCGAGUUUUUGGGCCUGAAAAGAAAGGAAAUCGAAUCGCAAUGGCUAGGAGACACAGGCACAUGGCAGGAUUUCGGAUAUUCCUAGUGUUGGCGAUACCCUCUAUGUACUAUCUCUGCAUUAGCCUUUCUGGACUUUUUUCCAAAACCUCCACUGGCGAAAUCGUCAGCAAUUUUGAAAAUAUCCGCUCGCGAAAAUUAUUACAAUUGGAGGAAAACGUGAGUGCCGGAGAAAAUCUAAAUUGCACUCCACCAGCGAUCAAAGAAUUUCCACCCGAUGGAUUUACAAGAUCGGAAAGGCAAUCUGGAUAUAUAGCGAUACACUUUAUACUCGCAAUUUAUAUGUUUUUACUUCUUGCCAUCGUUUGUGACGAUUUUUUUGUGCCCUCUAUAAAAAAAAUAUGCGAAAACAUCAACAUCACGAAAGAUGUGGCGGGUGCUACCUUUAUGGCGGCUGCUACAUCCAGUCCAGAAUUAUUCAUAAACGUGGUAGGAACUUUUAUCACCGAAGGUGACCUGGGAAUCGGUACAAUCGUGGGUUCUGCAGUUUUCAAUAUUCUUGCAGUUCCUGCUUGCUGUGGAUUAUUUGCCUCACAGGUAUUAGAUCUGGAAUGGUGGCCCAUAAGCCGAGAUUCUUUGGCAUAUGGGUUCACAGUUAUCCUGCUGAUCGCAACCCUCCAUGAUGGUCGUAUCGAGUGGUACGAAGCAUUAAUUCUCGUUAUUUCCUAUAUUCUAUACAUUUUGGCGAUGUGCUUCAACAAGCGUAUCAGCCGCUUUAUGAAUUUAAGCGUAUCAAAAAGAAGAAAGUACAAAAACUUAAAUGAAGAAAGCCCUCUAAUCACCAGCAACAAAAUCACUGAUUCUCUUGUUGGAAAUCAAACGAUACGGCCAGUUUAUGCCAAUGGAAAGGAUUCUACUUUCUCUAAUAAUAAUUGCUCAGAUGUCUUAGAUAUGAGCAGCCUUGAAUUCAGUAGUGAUGAUUCACUGGAAAUUGUGAACAUUACGAGCUGGCCAAACCCAAAAAUGGAGAGACUUUGGUGGGUCUUUACCUGGCCAAUUAAUUUGCUGCUUCUCAUCACAAUUCCGGAUUGCAGAAGGCCCUCACUGAGAAAUUAUUAUCCACUGACAUUCAUCAUGUGCAUUGCCUGGAUAGCCAGCAUGUCGUACAUGGUUGCAUGGGAUAUCACUAUUAUUGGUGACACUCUCAAAAUCCCGGAUUCUGUAAUGGGAUUAACUUUCCUCGCUGCUGGGAUGAGCGUACCUGAAGCGGUAUCAAGCGUCAUCGUUACAAAUCAAGGACACGGAACAAUGGGAAUAAGUAAUUCAAUCGGAUCCAAUAUUUUCGAUGUGUUGUUGUGUCUUGGACUCCCAUGGUUCAUAAAAUCAAUAUUUUCCCCGAAAGUAGCAGGAGAUCAUUCUGUAAAAAUUAAUUCAGAGGGUCUGGUAUAUAGCUCAGCAUCCUUAUUUUCGACUUUGAUUUUAUUAUACGUCGUUAUCGCCAGUAACAAAUUUAAAUUAGACCGUAGAGUUGGCUUUAUUUGCCUUUCAAUGUACAGUGUCUUUUUGGUAUUUGCAGCCGUUGUCGAACUUAACAUCUUCUUUGUUGUCAAUAAGCCAACUUGUCUUCACUGACAUUAACUAAAGCUCUAGAUCAUACAAAAUUCAGUCGAUUUAUUUGUAUCACAAUCGGAUUAAUGAGAAUAAGUCCAAAAUAUAUUUAUUUAUCGUAUGGAUAGAUAAUUCUACCAACAAUAGAUCAAAGGACAAAAAAGGUUAUAUAAAAAUUAUAUAAAAUAUAAUUUUAUGUUUAUAUUGGGCAAAAAUUUAGAUUUAAUAAUGAUAAAAUAAUUAUCCAUUUCUUAAUGUGCAAUAUUUGUCAGAGUAUUUUAAAGAAUAAGUCAUGCUAGAUUUUUAAAUCUAUAUUGGGAUUAUAGCAGGACUUGUAAAAAUGGCCAUGACAUCAAACCAAGGCAAAAAAAUUAAAAUAAGUCAAAUUAUAAAGUUCGACUUGAUAACUUUCCCUUUCAGUAAAAAUGUAAGUCGGAUUUGAAAAGUUGAUAGAUAAUUCUUUGACGAUAAAGAUAUUGGAAUAAAAAAAUAUUGUGGAUGUAAAAACGUGUAAAUUUUGAAUUAGGACAAUGUUUUAUCCUAAAAAAGAUAUCUCAACUUUUAUGCAGUUUUAAUCUUUUAU